GUGUCCCUACACAGUAGACAUCACUUGCUAAGACAGCCACUAGUCUUAGUCUUCUUAUGUUAAAAAUAAUACUAUGAUUUAUCUUCUUUUGUCACCAACAAUUCAAAAAAUACUAAGUGAUUCAUUGGAUAUGGCUUAUACUGAAGUUACAUCUUUGAUGCAGACACUGCAGAGACUGAUGCAACUCCAUCCAAAAAGUAGAAAGAAAACAGAAUCUCUCCUACAAAAGGUGAGUUUAUUGCAAAGUUUUUUUGAUGACAGUAGAAAAGAUCAUGAGGAUAUUAAGUUUUUAGAAGGAAUUAUUAGAGAUGUAUCAUGUAAAGCAGAAGAUAUAGUUGAGGAAAUUAUGUUUGAGUAUUCAUCCAGUUCAUGUUUAAAGAAGAAUGCAACAAAGUUUGUUGGCGUUCAUCGAUUAGUAUUUAGAAAGAUUGAUGAGUCUGCAAUCACUAGUGUUUAUAAUGACAUGUGUUGUAUCAAAGGUAGAUCAACACCGAGUAGUUCGCGUGAUGUUACACAAAGUUUGAGUUCACAAAAGGAUCAUGUUGUAGUUGGUCUAUAUGAUGAUUUUUUACGAAUUGCAGAUAAACUAACAGGAUAUCCUGAUAAGCUAGAUGUUGUGGUAAUUUUUGGUAUGGGGGGUAUAGGUAAAACCACUCUUGCUAAGAGAAUUUAUCAUGACAAGUUAAUAGAGGAACACUUUUAUGUUAGAGCAUGGAUCACUGUAUCGGAACGAUAUAAGGUGAGGAAUAUGUUGUUAGACCUAUUGGUUUGUACAUCUAAAGUUGCGUUUAUAAUGGAUGAAAUGGAAAACGAAGAAUUGGGUGAACGAUUGUACAAAAGUUUAAAAGGACAGAGGUAUCUGAUCGUCAUGGAUGAUGUUUGGUAUACUGAGGCAUGGGAUGAUGUUAGAAGAUACUUUCCAAAUGACAACAACGGAAGUAGAGUAAUGGUGACUAGUCGAAUCAUGAAAGUUGCUCGUUAUAUCAACCCGCUUAACCCUCCACAUCAAAUGCGUUUCUUGACAGUAGAGGAAAGCUGGAAGCUGUUGCAAAAGAAGAUUUUUGGAUUAGAUGAUCCAAGCUGCUGCUGCUGCGAUGACGAAAUGGAAAGGAUUGGAAUGGAAAUUUCAAAAAAAUGCAAAGGAUUACCACUAGCAAUUGUUAUGGUAGCUGGGAUACUUUCUAAAGAAAGCGCGACAGCAAGUAAAUGGAGUGAUAUUGCAGAAAAUAUUCAUUCUUCAUUCGUAACAGAGGAGUCGCGUCCAUUCUUGGAUAUACUAGCAUUGAGUUAUAAUCAUUUGUCUCGUCAUUUGAAGGCAUGCUUUCUUUACAUGGGCGCUUUCCCUGAAGACGUUGAAGUCCCUGUGUGGAGGCUCAUAAGGUUAUGGAUUGCUGAAGGAUUUAUAAAGUUGGAAUCACCAAAGACGUUGGAAUUUGUAGGACAAGAAUAUUUGCAGGAACUCAUCGACAGAAGCCUAAUUAUAGUGAGUAAGAGAUCGUAUGAUAAUAGAGUCAAAACAUGUAGCAUUCAUGAUAUCUUGCGAAACUUUUGCCAAGAAGAAGCUAAACAAGAAAAGCUUUUGCAUGUUGUGAGAAGGUUGGAACCACAUUUUCCUCAAGGUGUUCACCGGCGUCUACAUUUCCAUUCAGACAUUUUUGCCUACUCCUCUUACACAUAUUCUAAUCCAUACGUUCGAUCUUUUCUGUCAUCAAAAGCAUGCUCCGUUUUAGAGGAUUCCUACUUUGGUUGUAUUGGGUUCAAAUUGCUUCGUGUGUUGGAUGUAGUUAACUAUUCCUUUUACGGUUUCCCAAUUCAUGUCAUAAAACUAGUUCAUUUGAGGUACCUCGCGCUCUCCAUCAAUUCUGAGCUUCCUAGGUCGAUAUCCAAGCUCAAGAGUCUACAAACCUUAAUCAUUUAUUGGGGAACCAAGGAGAUGCGCAUACUUCCGUUGGAACUAUGGAAGAUGCCAAUACUAAGGCACAUCCAUGUCAAAGGAGAUGUUCUGUUAUUUGGAUCCCCCAUUGAUGAUCAUCACUCGAAAAGGAACUUUCGAGUCUUGGAGAAUCUGCAAACACUUUGCACUAUCACUAUUAGCACAAUCAACUUUUCUCAUCGACUCAUUGCUACAUUACCCAACCUAAAAACAUUGGCCUCUAAUCUGGUUACUGGCGGAAACCACGAUGUGGAUUGGCUUGGGAGUUGUCUCAACAACCUACACCAAAUGUACUCACUUGAAACUCUCAAGUUGCUCUUCAACUUGCCAAUGAAAAAUCCUCUUCCUCGUAAUUCUAUCCAACGAUGGAAUGCAUUCCCACCGAAUCUCAAGAACUUGACUUUGAGCUGCAGCCUUCUACUGUGGCAAGAUGCUAGAGUUCUUGGCAACUUACCAAAUCUUGAAGUUCUCAAACUCAAGUAUUUUUCCUUCCAAGGACCAGAAUGGGAAACCGAUGAAGAGGGGUUUCAUCGACUCAAAUAUCUGUUGGUUGAGAGCAGAGACUUGGUGGUUUGGAAGCAGGCAAGUACAGAUAGUUAUCCAUUCCCAGCUCUCCAACAUUUAGUUUUCAGGUUUUGCAACAAGCUAAAAGAAAUCCCUUAUGAAAUUGGAGAUAUCCCAUCUUUGCAAGUUAUCGAAUUGUAUUCUUGUAGCCCUUAUGCCACGAGACUCGCUAGAAUGAUUCAACAAGAUCAAAUUGACUCAGGAAACAGUUGCCUUGAAGUUUUCAUUCAUCCAGCUAGAUAGGAAUUUAGACCCUUUAUAUGGUCUUAGGCAAUUCUCUCUUCAUUAGCUAGCUUUUUGGGAAUGAGGACGCGUGUUGAGAUAUGGAGGAUUUGGGCUCUUCAUGUGGUCGUGAACAAUCCUCCGAUCCAUUUGACAGGUAACAGUUACUAAGACAUGCAAUUGUACUUUGACAUAUUUUUGACAUUCACCAUUUCUCAUUGCUAGGAGGGUUACAUUGACGAGGCAUGGAGAGUACGAGGCGUUGUAGAAGAAAGGGGGAGGGAGUUCUCAAACAUGGAAAAGCUUCCAAUGAAGAAAUGCUUGAAGUGAACGAGGAGUUGUAUGAGGUGAAAAUCUCAUGUACGACUUAUCAAUGCCAUUGAGGACACAUGGAGAGUGUGUGGCAUUCGUACUCUUUGAGCAUAGUCGGAGAAGGGGGGAAGGGAUCGAGUUCUCAGAUAUGGCAAAGAUUCCAAGAAGGAUUGAACGAGGAGCUAUGUGAGGUGAAAAUCUCAUGUGCGAGUCCUUUUGUCAAUGGUAUGAGUCAUGAGGUCCAUUGCAUAUAGAAGCAUGGGGAGUAUACAUGGCAUACUCUUCAGGGCGAAGUGGAAAAAGAGGGGAGGAAGAGUUUUCAGACACGGAAAAAGGUUAUAAUGAAUUCUAAAGAAAUGAACGUCGAGUUGUAUGAGGUGAAAAUUUCAUGUACGAUUAUGUAGAAUGAUAGUAAAGGUCCAUAUAAGGUUGGCUAUGAGACUUUUCAGUGCCAAAUUCUCUUAACAAAAAUAUUCUUGUCAUCAAGAAUUUACCUCAUAGAUUUCCCUA